AAUAAUAUAAAAUAAAUAAAACCACUUUUUAACUUUUAUUCCUCCUAUUCGCUGCUUGCCACAAACCCGUCUCUCUCCCCCUCAGCACAUAAUAAGGGUAGUUGAUAAUAGAAGAAGAAGAAGAAGAAGAAGAUAUAUCUGAGAGAUUUUGUUAUUCAAAUAGUAAAAAUAAGAAAUUAAUUAAAUGGUGAGGAUAAUGCCUAUGGUGUCCUCCACAAUUAGACCAUCAUCCUACCUGACCUGUUCUUCAUUCAUGUUCUGUAAUACUUGUGCCCCUUCUCGCAGAUUCGCUUAUCUUGCUACCGCUGUUCCGCAAUCACAUUUCUUCGGUUUGAAAGCUUCGUCUGAGAUUUGGAGAGGAGAGAGUAGAACCAUUGCAACUGGAAAUAUGGCACAAGCAAGCACAGCUGCUACUCAAGAAAGUUUGUUGGAGUGGGUAAAAAAGGACAAGCGUAGAAUGCUACAUGUUGUUUAUCGUGUUGGGGAUUUGGACAGGACUAUAAAGUUCUACACUGAGUGUCUGGGGAUGAAGCUGCUGAGGAAACGUGAUAUACCUGAGGAGAGAUAUACAAAUGCCUUUCUUGGAUAUGGACCGGAAGACUCCCACUUCGUCAUAGAACUCACUUACAAUUAUGGAGUUGACAGCUAUGAUAUUGGAGCUGGAUUUGGACAUUUCGGCAUAGCAGUUGAGGACGUUGCCAAGACUGUUGAACUCAUAAAGGUCAAGGGUGGCAAAGUGAAUAGAGAACCCGGUCCUGUUAAAGGUGGCAGUACAGUAAUUGCUUUUAUUGAAGAUCCUGAUGGUUAUAAAUUUGAACUGUUGGAAAGGGGACCUACCCCUGAGCCACUCUGUCAGGUCAUGCUUCGUGUUGGUGAUCUUGAUCGUUCUAUAAAUUUUUACGAGAAGGCUUUUGGCAUGAAGCUUCUCCGCAAACGAGAUAAUCCAGAAUACAAGUACACAAUAGCCAUGAUGGGUUAUGGGUCUGAAGAUAAAAGCUGUGUGCUGGAGUUGACGUACAACUAUGGGGUCACUGAAUAUGACAAAGGAAAUGCGUAUGCUCAGAUUGCGAUAGGCACAGAUGAUGUCUAUAGAACUGCAGAAGCAGUUGAAAUUUUUGGUGGAAAAGUUACCCGACAGCCUGGACCAUUACCUGGUAUCAACACCAAGAUCACUGCUUGCUUGGAUCCAGAUGGUUGGAAGACGGUUUUUGUAGAUAACAUUGACUUUCUCAAGGAAUUGGAGUGAGUCUGAGGACAGCAUCAAUAUGUAAUGCCCGCUUCUAAUCUUGUGUCAAAACAUCUGUCCAAAUUUGUCUCAUGUGAGAUGGUGAUCAAGUAGCAUUUUGUAGAUAAAACUAAAGUUUAUUUCAUGGGAAUCAAAGUAAUAAACUUAUUGGUGGUAGCUCUGCAUUAGCUUUC